CAGCCGCCAUAUUUGACAGGUGCGCGUUAAGACAAAAAUAUCUCGGUUUUAGUUAAAAUGUCACGCCGUCGGUACAGUUCAGAUGAGGAUGAUGAAGAUCCACGAGCAAGGAAGCGAAUGCGAACAUCUGAACCAGUAGACAUAGAAGAAAGAUUAGAGUCUUUGAUCCUUAGAGUAGGAGAAAAGAGUACUUCUUCACUAGAGAGCAACUUGGAAGGCUUAGCUAGUGUACUUGAAGCAGAUCUUCCCAACUAUAAAGCUCGCAUUAUAAAAAUAUUGUGCCAAUGUGCUGUAACGCUACCAGAGAAGAUGACGGUGUAUACCACAUUGGUGGGUCUUCUCAACGCCAAGAAUUACAAUUGUGGGGGAGAGUUUGUGGAAACACUUACAAGGAACCUGAAAGAAGCGUUGAAGACAUACAACUUUGGGGGAGCUCUCUUGAUUGUACGCUUCCUGGCAGACCUGGUGAAUUGUCAUGUGAUUGUUGCGUCGUCACUUCUACAGAUGUUUGACCACUUUGUAGAGGUCUCACUGGAAGACAACAUACCACAGGUGAGGUCUGACUGGUAUGUGUGUGCGGUACUAUCAUCCUUACCAUGUGUAGGACGUGAACUCUAUGAGAAAAAGGAAUUUGAAUUCAAUAAACUUUUACAAACAAUAGAAAACUACAUAAGCAAAAGACAGAAGACACAUGUUGCAGCUUUAAGAGUCUGGUCAGUAGAUGAUCCACAUCCACAAGAGGAGUACCUAGACUGUUUAUGGUCACAGAUGAAGUCAUUACGAAAUGCAAAGUGGAUGGAGAAGGUUAUUAACAGACCUUAUUUGGCAUUUGAUGGCCUGUUAUGCGAAGCUCUACAACACACCCUCCCACAGAUCAUCCCACCCUCUCACCAUGAGGAUGCCACCUAUCCUCUGCCAAGUGUCGUAUUCAGAAUGUUUGAUUAUACAGAUAUACCUGAGGGCCCAGCAAUGCCUGGCAGCCACUCUAUAGAGAGAUACCUGAUAGAGGAACACUUACACUGGAUCAUAUGGACACACCAGAUGGAGAAAAAAGACUGUGCUGCUACAUUGUUGAGCUACCCAGAUAAGAACAAGGUCCCUCUGAAUUACUGUAUAGUUGAGGUAAUAUUUGCUGAGUUAUUCAGACUGCCUAAACCUCCAGUGCUAGAUGUUAUGUAUGGGGCUCUACUGAUUGAACUGUGUAAGCUGCAGCCAAGCUCUAUGCCACAAGUUUUAGCCCAAGCCACAGAGAUGAUAUUUGAAAGACUGGACAGCAUGAACACAACUUGUAUUGAGAGGUUUACUUCAUGGUUUGCGUACCAUCUGAGUAACUUCCAGUUUAAGUGGAGCUGGUCUGACUGGGGCGAGGUGUGUAAUAUGGACCCGGAGCUACCAAAGCCUAAGUUUGUCAGGGAGGUUCUCUUCAAGUGUCUUAGAUUGUCGUAUCAUCAGCGUCUUUUAGACACAGUCCCUGAUUCCUUCAGUGCUCUCAUUCCACUGAAGCCAACACCAUACUACAAAUUUAACAAAGAAGGAGCAGGAUCUCACCCUGGUACAAUGACUUCCCAUCAGUUGAUAGCGUCUAUAAAGUCCAAGUGCACACCAGAGGAGGUCAUACUCAUCAUGAAAGAUUUGCCAAAUCCCCUGGCUGAUGAAGAAAGUGACCCUGCAUACAACCCUUUAAAAAUUGAAGUGUUCACCCAGACUUUACUGCACCUUGGGGCCAAGUCAUUCAGUCACUCCUUCGCUGCACUAUCCAAGUUUCACUAUGUGUUCAAAGUUCUAGCAGAGAAUGAAGAAGCACAAAUGUGUAUUUUGAAGAAUAUGUACCAGCUGUGGAACACACAUACUCAGAUGAUGGUGGUGCUAGUUGAUAAGAUGUUAAAGACACAGAUUGUGGAGUGCUCAGCUGUGGCAAAUUGGUUAUUCUCAACAGAGAUGCAACAUGAUUUCACCAAUUUCUAUGUGUGGGAGAUUAUGCAUGGCACAAUACACAAAAUGAACAAACAUGUCCAGAAACUUCAGAAAGAGGUUGAUGAUGCACGAGAUCAGCUGGAGGCGGCUGAAAGGCGGAUGAGGGAUGGUCUUGGGAUGGAUGAUGAUCAAGACACGCCCUCUGAGGAAAUGAUUGACAGAAUGGAGGAAAAAUUAGAAGCAGCUCAAAGUGAACAGAAAAAUCUCUUCCUCAUUAUAUUCCAGAGGUUCAUUAUGAUCCUGACCAAUCACCAUGCCAGCUGUGAAGCAAUUGGGAAAGACUUCAACACCCCCUGGUACAAAUGGGUCAUAGAAAGGUUGAGGCAGGUCUUCUUGACGCACCACGACCAGGUAUACAAGUAUAUCAACACCUUAGAGACACUUAUGUUCACCAGUGACAUAGAUAGUCACAUACUAGAAGUUUUCCAACAGUUUGCAGCAUUGCGCACAUGAGACACCACAAGGAACUCAUGAGACACCACAUGGCACUCAUGAGACACCACACGAUAAUCAUGAGACACCACAUGGGAGAUAAUGUGGCUCAAAGCAAUGUGAUUAUUAGAUUGCUACCAUAGUACAUCUUACAAUUAAGAUCCUCAUAAUCUUCUCAAACCAUCUAAGAAACCUGUUAUAGUGCCUGGCAGUCUCAUGAUUCUCUACACACAGGUGUUAUGAGACACCACAUGUCUGUCUAACAUGGAUUUGAUUCAACAGACAUUAAAUUUAACUUUAGUUUACUUCCUUGUUCCUAUCCAAAUAUAUUCAAUACUUCAGUAGCAUCAGGCCUGUACCCAGCUUUUGCCAAAGGGGGGGGGGGGGUAACUUUUCAAAAAAA